AAUAUUUAUAACGUGCUAGAUUUUGACUCUUUCAUUUUGUUCACUAAUUAACCUCUCUUCUCGUUAUUUUUUUCUCUAUAAAAACCAGAUAGACUUAAACCAUUUUUCUCAUUACAAAAAUAUUAUUCCAUCUUUCUUAUAAUAGCCGAGUAAUUUAUUAAUUAAUUAUUAGCAGUGAUGGAAACUAAGGAAGGAGGCAUUACAGAUGUUCCAACUGGAUCAGAAAACAGCACUAAGUACGAAGAACUUGCUCGUUUUGCUGUCCAGGAUUAUAACCACAAACAGAAUGCUUUGCUGGAGUUUGUAAAAGUAUUGAAUGUGAAGGAACAAGUAGUUGCUGGAACAAUGUACUAUAUAACACUUGAAGCAAUUGAUGGUGGAAAGAAGAAAAUAUAUGAGACCAAGAUUUGGGUAAAGGAAUGGGAAAAUUUCAAGGAAGUUCAAGAAUUCAAGCUUGUUGGUGAUGCCCCACAAAGCUAAUUAAACUAUAUUUGUUUGGCAUAUGAAAUUAGUCUAUGUAUAUAUGUUGGUGGUAAAUAAAUAAAGCCCUUUGUAUGUGGAAUUAAGUAUUUGAAUGUUGUAUGGUAAGUGCAUCAAGAAAUUGAAAAUGGUACUUAGUUUAUCAUGUUAUGUAUUUUGUGUGAUAUUGAGUUGUAUAGAAUGUGUUUCUCACAAA